AUGACCAACUCUCAUUGCAAUGCUGAAAAUGACAAGAUUAGAAAAAAUGAAGAAAUUAUAUCAAGUCUAAAGUUUAUAAUUUCAGAUCCCUGCCCACUACCUAAAUGUCCACUUGUACAAGUGCCAAUUGGUGUUUGCUCUCGGGAGACCUUUUUCGAUUUUGACGGGGUUAAAUGCAAAGGCUGUCCAGAGAUUUUACCAUGUAAUAAAGAAUGUCUCCUUCCUAAGGACAUUGGUCCAUGUGACGCUGAUAUCAAAAGACACUAUUACGACGCUGAGACCAAAUCUUGUAAGGAAUUCAGAUAUGGUGGUUGCGAAGGCAACAAAAAUAAUUUCAUAACAUUGGAAGCGUGUAAAAGUUCAUGUAGAACAGAGCCUUGUCCACAAGUGAAAUGUUCCAACAGAUGUCCAUAUGGGUUUCAGACAACCACCGAUGGCUGUCCAACGUGUAUAUGUACGACAAAAUGUCCUCAAGGAAAACCUUUGCCUAGGCUGAACUGUGGACUGAUACCUAACCCUGAUAAAUGCCCAAAGGGAUAUUUUUGUAGUGUAGAUGAAAUAGAUCGUUUUGCAGUGUGUUGCAGAGAUCCGUGCUUUCCCCCUCCCCGUUGUCCACAACCUCCAAGGGGCCCACCAGGAACCUGUCCCCCGCAAUGUGUUUAUGAGUACGCAAUAGUUAAUGGGAAAAGUUGCAGAGUGGCGUGUAAACUUGGGCCAGUAGGACCUAAGGGAGAACCAGGAAAGCCAUGUCCUCCAUCAUUAUGUAGUGACGGAAUAGCGGAACCAAAACCACCACCUCCUCGA